AUUUGAGAUAUUUUGAUAUAAUCAAUCUCUUUUUGUUUAAUUAGAAUCUAUUUUAUUAUGAAUAAGAAGGUAUUUAAAACGUAUUUAGUCUGGCUAUUAUGUGCAAAUAGAUAGAUUAUAUUUUAGGAUAUAAGUGACGAACAAAACAGGGCAUAACAAGAAAUGAUACAAGCUUUGUUUGCUUGCAGUUAAUUAUUCUAUUCAAUAAAAAUUGCUGUAUAUAUUUUUCAUAUUUGUCUAUUUUAACAAUCAUUAUUUAAUCUCAGCAAACGCUUAACUUGGUGUAUCUUUAACAUGCUUAGCACGCGUAUUUUUCUAUUUUAAUUCAUCACAAUCUAUUAAUUCACCGCAUGCAGAAUAAAACUGAUGCAGAACCAGCAGUUGAGGUUGUCUUAGAACCCGAACACGAAUUUCGAUUUGAAGUUAAUUUUAAUAACAAAGUACAAAUCAAACUAAUUAAGGGUACAGCCGAGAUCUUUGGUACAGAGUUAGCAUCAGGUAUCGUUUAUAAUUUUUCAGGACGGAAAGUAGCUGUCUAUACUUGGCAUGGUUGUACAUUAGAAGUCAAAGGUCAAUUUGCUGUUAAAUACACUGUGAAUGAAACACCCAUGACAAGUUAUCUUAAUACUCAUCUUGCUCUCGAACAGUUACGUGAAAAAGCACGAAAACAGCAGGAUCAACGUGGUCCUCGUGUAUUAGUAAUUGGACCUCAUGAUGUUGGGAAAACAUCUUUAUGUAAAAUAUUAACCAGUUAUUCACUUAAACAAGGUGGAAAUCCUAUUUACAUUUCAUUGGAUACAACAGAGGGCUCAAUUACAAUGCCAGGCACAGUAACGGCAACUUGUAUAAGUAAUAUUAUGGAUGUAGAAGAAGGAUUUGGUUCUUCAGCAACAACAGCUGCUUCAAUGGGAUCUUCUACUAUGCCUUUAGCUUAUUAUUAUGGUUUUGAAAAUCCUGUAGAGAAUGUGAAAUUAUAUAAACUUAUUACUUCACGUCUUUCUGAUACGGUGAAAAGACGAAUGGUAGCUGAUGAAGCAUGUCGUACAUCAGGUUUUAUUAUCGAUACAGCAGGAUUAAUCGAUCAAGUAGGUUAUAAUAUUAUUCAGCAUGUCAUUGAAGAAUUUUCCGUAAAUGUACUCAUCGUAUUAGGUAACGAAAGACUCUAUAGUGACAUGUCACGCAUGUAUGGUGAUAAGGAUGUUUCAGUCAUCAAAUUAACCAAAUCAGGAGGAGUUGUUGAAAGAGAUAAACAGUUCAAGACACUUUUACAAAGAGCUAAAAUUCAUGAAUAUUUCUAUGGAACACCCAAACUUGAAUUAGCACCCUAUAGCAUGCUGGUUCAUUACGAUGAUAUUAAGAUUUGGAGAGUAGGUGAUGUCAUUGCUCCUUCAAGCGCAUUACCCUUAGGAAUGGAAGGAUCAUCGAAUGAAACACAGGUUGUAAAAGUGGAUAAUUAUGAAAUAUGUCUUCACUCCAUUCUGGCAAUAUUGAAUUUGAAUGAUGAUCAAGAUGAAAACAAGAUAUUAGAAAGUAAUGUAGCAGGCUUUAUUUAUGUAUCGGACGUUGAUGAACAAAAAAGAAAAAUUACAAUUUUAUCUCCAUCACCAGGAAGAUUACCAAAGAAACAUCUCUUAAUGGGUUCAUUUAAAUGGAUGGAAGCUUAAAGAAUGUAUAAAAAAAAAAGGAUGGGAGGAAAAAUAAAAUGUUUAUGAUCAUCUAUAUUUUGUAUAUAUGAAUAAAAAUAAAAGCUAAAUGAUAUCAAUGCAAAUAAUAAUAAUAAUGUUAAUAAUUUUCCCAACCAACAUGAUCCAAUUUUUCAACUUUGGUCAUGACUU